CAAAAAAUAUUUGUGACAACAAAUAAAAUAGUAUGUAAUGAAUGACAAUUUAUAUAAAUUCAGUGGUAUAAAAAAAGCGAUUUUUUUAAGGUUGUUAAGAAAUCGUAACAAUGGAUGUAGAUCUGUUAAGACCCGGCACUGUGCCCAUUUCACCUGACACUAUAUUAUGGUUCGAGUUUCUCUUACAUCCAGAACUGCUAAAGAAUCAUCUCAGCAAACCUAACCCAGAGCCAUCAGCAUGUGAACUUAUAGAGGAAUUUUUGUCAGUUGACUCCAAGGGUGCAAACUCGAAGCCUACUAGUGAACGAAUACCAGAUACUGAUGCUCCACCCACCCCACCAUCGGCGAUUUCAUCUCCCAUACAGUUUACUCGAAAACAACUGGCUUUGAAAAUCCUUGGACUGAAAGUGGCAGCAUCAUUACAUUGGAACCUAGAUACUUUGGAAUUGAAUCUAGCACCUCAAAUACAGCACCAACUCAUGCAAGACCUUGUUUACAUGGCCACAGAUGCAGGUUUUGCUGUACCGCCACAGGAAAUACCAACAGAGUUAAUGCAAAAGCCACAAGUUAUAUUUGCAUUAACUCUAUACCACAGAUGGACAUUGAGAUUCCCUGUGAAGGCGGCUUUGUAUGCUAAAUCAUCAAAAAUAUACAUGCACAUGCCUGGAAUGCAGACAGAUGGUGGCUACCCUCCAUUGAACCAAAAUUUCGAAAAAAUAUUACGUAUGUGUGAAGGAAAUCGUACACAUAGUAUAAAAUUUCUCGAAGAAGUUUUGUCCAUGUACGAACUCACGUCAAAUUCUAGCCGUAGAGAAACUAAAAAAAUUAAAGUUCCGCCAAUGGAGGCAUUUAUUCAUCUCACUGAAGAUUCUGAUGAAGUAAUACAUAACUGGGAUGCUGGAGACAUUCUAAUUACACAAUUUGAAUUAGCGAUGCAAAUACACUUUGAUCUUUGUUACAAUUAUUUUUUCUAUGGACAACAUGAUUUAGCAAAAAAACAUAUACUUGGAUGCAGAGAAAAUUCUAACCUAUUAGAAAGAGAAGUGUCUAUCUAUGGAUAUGGUCCACACAAAGUUGUUCCUUGGGGUGAAUUUUAUUAUGCUAGUAUGACUAAAGAUGAUAUUAUUGGUUAUAUCAGAGCCCUGAACUUAGGUCAAGAAGUUUUAAAUGAAGAAGCAUCGUUAUUACAAAAACUCCAAGAGUCUAUAGCUAAUCAUUAUACUGGCAUCAUUGCAGUUUUACAGGCUGAUAAUUUAGCUCGUGAAAUUCCGAUGAUUCACAGACAAGUUGUUGAGUUGGAUAUACAAGGAUCAGCGUCAAGUGGUGCAUUCACAGUAGCCAGAGAUCUCCUUAAUCGGGUAUCGGCUCUGAAUGCAGUCAGAUAUGCUCUCGAAGGAGGUAUACCCUCUACACAUCCAGAUUUCUUGAAUAAAUUCAAAACAGUUGGGAUAAAGUUUUUCGAUCUGCUCUUUUGGGCUCUUGGACCAGUAUUACUAUCAGAUCUUUCUUCAGAAGACUGGCAACACUUACGAAUGUUUUUCUUACAUUUGAUAACUUCUCAAUGCAGACUUCCAAUCGAUAGAAUAGAUGAGUAUAUGAAAAAACAUAUUGGUGAAGCAGCAGGAAAUAUAAGAAAAAAACUGAUUACCGAUGAGCAACUUAGCAUAAUUCUGAAUGAUCCAAUUAACAACGACGAUGAAAACAUGGACAUUCCUCGGGAACUACUCACCGACGACUGGGAAACGCCUGAUUUUGAUUUCAAAACUGUCCCUGAAUUGGACAUGGGCAGAUUAAAGAAACGUCUCAUCGAAGCUUCGACGGCUGAUGACGUGCGCAUGUGUCUAGUGAAACUGGCAAUGAUGUCUCCUUCGUUGCCUUUGUGGAAGUUAAGCCCGUCGUGGAAACCAGCAGGUGUAUUGGGAAAUGCUUUGAUGUCGCUUAACAGAGGAUUUUUGCAAGAUUUUGGCUAUGUAGUGUCGGGUGCAGCGCGAGCUCGUGCCGAAUCGGGAUCUGCACGAACUGCGUUGUCUCUCUUGUCGGUGCUUGAAGGAGAAGCUCGUAGUCAACUAGGCGGUGGCACUGAUCCAGUGCUGUAUCGACUGUGCCGACAGUUAUCGUGGGAAGUACUGCUGCUGCAAGUCAACGUGAUGCUCUCCGAGUGGCCUCACCAUAGACUCAACCUUACUGCACUGGCAAAUAAAUGCAAAGCAUGCAUUGCAGCGGCUAAUUCUGGUGACGGUAUCAUACCACGACCACAGGUUUUAGAAGCGUGCUGGAGUUGUUUGGUUAAUUCGUGCGAAUGGGAAGGUCUGGGUGUAACCACAGGCCCUGGAGAAUUAGCUUCCGCUCUUUGUGCGGCAUGCUUUGAACUACAACGCGGUAAAGGCUCUAGAAAAUUUCCAAGACCUCUAUGGGACUACGCGUUAUCGGUGUACAGUAACGGCCCAAAUAUUUCAAUGAAACGUAGCGCAGGAGGGAUGUCCCAUGCGCGUGAAAUGAUGAACGCGGCGGCUGAGUCGCGCAACGCCUUCAACGGCUUCCUGGCAACCCUGCGCGAGCCACUCGCGAUCAGCAUCAUGAUGUCGCUCUUGGCUAGAAUACACAACCUGCUGAUCGACGACAACUCGCUCGAACUGAACACCGAAUACACGAGUUUAUGGCCUUCUAGCGUUUCGAACAUAAACAAUUACAACAUAAAAUUCGUGUUAGAAUCUCUAACCGAUAUGUUAGAGAGGAGCCUCAAAUUAUACCCCUACAAUACUUCGUGGCUGCGUCUGUACGGCGACGUGGAGAUGGCGGGCGGGCGCUGGUCGGCGGCGCUGCGGCGCUACCUGUGCUCGCUGGCGGCCGGCUCCUGGUACUUCUCGAAGCGCGCCCCGGACGAGACGAGCGUGGCGCGGCGGGCGGCGCGCUGCUGCGUCGCGCUGUCGGCGCCCACGCAGGCCGCGGCGCUCUGCCAGCUGCCCGACGAACCCGACUACACCACCGCCUUCAAGUGCUUCGCCGAAAAGACUGGCAACGCUGCGGACGCUAUGGACGGUUAUUACGGUUGUCUAUGGGACGGCACUCUACUAGAGGUGGCGGUCGCUUUACACGCCCGACGCGGAGAAGGCGGACGCAGACAGAGAGCGGUGAAGGCGGCCGGUGCCCUCGAACUCAACGCCAACAACAGCGAAGACAUACAAAGAGAGGCGGCAGCCACAAGAAGAGCACGACUACUGCGCGCCCUCACCAAUCAAUAUGUCGCAUAAAUAUAAUAAAAACU